CAUAACACAUCACUUCGACACUCAGAAGAAGCAUAGGACUCUCUCUCUCUCUCUGUUCACAUGACUCGUCCUUUCCGUCUCCUAAGCGGCACGAAGUCCUCGGCAACCCUCGAGCCGCCGCCGCCGCCGCCGCCGCCUCCUCCUCCACAAGCUGGCGCCGUUGACUCUGACUUCGUCGUAGUCCUUGCCGCUCUACUAUGCGCUCUAAUCUGCGUUCUGGGUCUCGUCGCGGUCGCUCGCUGCGCCUGGCUCCGUCGUCUCUCAGGAGGCGGCGCCUCUUCCCGCCCCUCUCCGCUCGCCAACAAAGGCCUAAAGAAGAAGAUCCUUGAGUCCCUCCCGAAACACACCCUUUCCCCUGAAUCCGCUACGAAAUUCACCGACUGCGCCAUAUGCCUGACGGAGUUCGCUGCCGGAGAUGAAAUCCGGGUGUUGCCGCAGUGUGGACACGGAUUCCAUGUGCCCUGCAUAGACAUGUGGUUGGGGUCCCACUCUUCCUGCCCUUCCUGCCGCCAGAUUCUGGUGGUGACCCGGUGUCAGAAGUGCGGCGGAGUACCGGGAACCUCCAGCUCGGGAGCUGCCUCUGAGGGCAGAUUGAAGGAACAGGAAGAUGGUCAUGUAAAUAGGUUUUUGCCCUAACCUUCAUAAUUAAGAGGGUUUCGCAUUUCAUUUUUAAGGUAAAUUAAGAAUUUAGUUAGCAUCUAAAAUACCCAUUUAGUUUAUAAUCAGUACUCCACUCAAAUGUUAGCUCUGUAUCUGUUUAUAUUCUGGUGUAAAUCAAAAUUACUUAUGUUAUAUGUAAUUCAGAAACUUCAUUUUCCCAAACAGAAGAAUUCUG